AUGCGGGGCCUCCUCCUGGCCAGUCUCCUCUUCCCCGGCCUGACACAGCUCUGCUGCAGAGCACAGGGCAUGGGGCUGUCAGACGCGACACCUGAAGGAAGGCCUGGAGAAGUGGCAGGCGCACAUCAGCGCCGGCAGUUUUGUCACUGGCCCUGCAAAUGCCUCCCUUGGAAGCCCAGCUGCCCUCCCGGAGUGAGCCUGGUGAGGGACGGCUGUGGAUGCUGUAAAAUCUGUGCCAAGCAACCCGGGGACACCUGCAAUGAAGCUGACCUCUGUGACCCACACAAGGGACUGUACUGUGACUACUCAGCAGACCGGCCUCGGUACGAGACUGGAGUGUGUGCGUACCUUGUAGCAGUUGGGUGUGAGUUCAACAGUGUACGUUAUCACAACGGCCAAGCUUUCCAGCCCAGCCCCCUGUUUAGCUGCCUCUGUGUGAGUGGGGCCAUUGGAUGCAUGCCGCUGUUCAUACCAAAGCUGGCCAACAGUCACUGCUCUGGAGCAAAAGGUGGAAAGAAGUCUGGUCAAUCCAACUGCAGCCUGGGACCAUUACUACAGCAGCUCUCAGCAAGCUACUCAAUGCCAGCAUACAUAAAUCUCCCACUUAUUUGGAAAAAAAAGUGUCUUGUACAAGCUACCAAGUGGACUCCCUGCUCCAGAACAUGUGGAAUGGGAAUUUCUAACAGAGUGACCAAUGAAAACAGCAACUGUGAAAUGAGGAAUGAGAAAAGAUUGUGUUAUAUUCAGCCUUGUGACAGCAAUGUAUUAAAGACAGUUAAGAUCCCCAAGGGAAAAACAUGCCAACCUACUUUCCAGCUCUCCAAAGCUGAAAAAUUCGUCUUUUCUGGAUGCUCAAGUACUCAGAGUUACAAACCCACUUUUUGUGGGAUAUGCCUGGAUAAGAGAUGCUGCAUCCCUAAUAAGUCUAAAAUGAUUACCAUUCAGUUUGACUGCCCAAAUGAAGGAUCAUUUAAAUGGAAGAUGCUGUGGAUUACAUCUUGUGUGUGUCAGAGAAACUGCAGGGAACCUGGAGAUAUAUUUUCUGAGCUCAAGAUUCUAUAAAACCAAGCACAGGGAGAAAAGUCAAGGUUAAUCAAUCACGUCACAUAACUUAAAAAUUAGAGGGGUUA